AUGCAGACACGUGCUCUGGUUGACCGAACCCUGAACGAGGCCCAUGGCACCUCUCAGCACCUCGUGGGCUGCGAGGAAGCCGCAGAGCAAGCCGCCAGGUUCCUGCAGAAUGCUUCUGGCGUGGCAGCAGCCAUACAACAGGGCCUGGAAGGCAUCUGGUCUGCAGUGGACCACUUCAAGGCCACGCCGCCAGACGUGAACAAAGGUCUGAUGGUACUUGGAUCCACGCUGCUUCGUGCGCUUGACCUGGUCCUGACGGAGGAAGGCCGAGAAAGCUGGGGGGACUACGCAAAAUUCCGGGACUUCUGGACCAAGGCCUUCGAAGAUUUCCAGAGCAACUUCGAAGGCAUUCGCGCAGACUUGCAGAGUUUUGCGGAGGAGGGCAAUGUCACAUCCCUCAUCUCCGCUGUCUCGCAGGUUUUGGUCCGCUCCUCCGACAUGGUUGCGGGCUUUGUAAGUGAGCCUCUGGCUAACACGAUCUCCCGAGUGCUGGAUGCCGUGAACAAGGCUUUUGCUGCCGUCGGCGAGGCGCUCACAGAGUUUCGGGACGGGGACACCGUUGGCGGUCUGCAGGCCAUUUACUACGGCCUGCGCAACGCCACACAGGGGCUCUGGGGCUCAGACUCAAACGACACAAUCCUCGUUGGAAUCGUGGCUUCGCUGGAUGGCAUCGUGGGCGGCAUCAGCCAGGAUGUGCUGGAAUACCAGCGGCGUCUCUCCGAGAGCCAGUGUUGCUGGAAGGUGUCCCUGGCGCGCGAGCGAUAUCUUCCCAGCAUGUGCUCGGAAGGCUACAUCUACGACGGCGACCGUCACUGCGUGCCCGAGGAUGAGGCAAAAUGUUACAAGCCAGCCGCGGACUGCGUGAUGCCCUUCAAGUACCGGGGAGUGACGUACAAAAACUGCACUUCGAAGCAUCACAGCCGUCCAUGGUGCGCCCACGAUGCAGAGUACCAAAGAAACCGGUGGAGCGAUUGCGAGGAAGUCCCUUGCACAUCCCUGCUCUCCCUGGACCGCGCAGACUGGUGGCAGCGGAAGCCCAGUGGCACAGUCCCUGCAACGUGUGACACCACCGACACGGAUGAUGUGGAGAAGAACGGGGGAUGGUGCUACAAGGCGUGUCCGGAGGGCUACAAGGCCUUUGCUGCCCGAUGCUGGACAAGCUGCGAGGCCUCCCCUUUCCCCUUCAACAGUCCUCUGAUCUGCGCCGAGAGCCAGGCGGUGCUGCAGUCUACAGUGGCAGAAAUGGUCACAGUGACCUUGCGCUCUGCACUGAGCUUGGCUUCCGUCCUGGCGAGCAUGCAGGCACUGGGCGUGAAUGCACAGAGCUUGACGGCCACCAUCAACGUGUUCCUGGACAUGGGGAAGCCCUUCGCCUUGCCCAAGUGCUCAGAGGUAGACUAG